AUGGGCGGAGAAGACACGCUGAAGAGUGCCAAUGCGGGUGAAGAGCCUAUCAUCCCAGCCUUCGCUGACCUCCUCAGAGUGUACAAUGCCAGGUCUCUGUCGGCUUCUGAGGUCAUGAAGGUACGCAUCAUUGUCUACUCAAGCAUUGAACGUAAUUCUGACAGAAGCAGCUCAACCACCAGAUGA